CGUUUUAUGGGCGUGAACAAAAGGGAUCGCUGCCGCGUGCGCCCUCGCGCUGUGUUUUGCGAUACAGAAUCCUAAUCUUACAUUUCUCGUUUUUUUAAGCGUGUGUUGUUGAUUUCAGCAGAAAUGGAGGCGCUAAACCAGCUUCUGUUGGAGUAUCCUGAAAUAAUGUACAGUGGAGUCGGAGCUACGGCGUCGGUCGCCGUUGCAGCGCUGAUAUACAAAAUUGCCACCCGAAAGAAGCCGUCCCAUGCAGAGGUGAACUGCUGGUUUUGUAACCAGAAUUCUGUGGUGCCCUUUGGGAACAGGAACUGCUGGGACUGUCCCAGUUGCGAUCAGUACAAUGGCUUCCAGGAGAAUGGUGACUACAACAAACCCAUCCCAGCUCAGUACAUGGAACAUCUUAACCACGGAGUAUCCGGCAGCCUUCCCCCGACCACCAACACGCAGCAAAGCGUCACCAGUCAGAUGCUCCUGUGCAGAAAGUGCAUAAAGAACCAGGCGGUGGUGAUAAAGCAGUUGGCCUCGUUUGUCCCACGGGAUGAUGAGAACUACGAUGAGGAAAUCGAGGCGUACAAGCACCACCUGGAGCAGACCUAUAAGCUGUGCAGGCCGUGUCAGACAGUGGUAGAAUACUACAUCAAAUAUCAGAACCGGCAACUGCGCACCGUGCUCCUCAACCAUCCGCUUCGGCGCAGUGGAGAAUCUGACAAGGGCUUCAUAAAGAGCUCCUACUCUGUGUCAUCUCCCUUUGGGGUCAUACUCUUACGGACCCUUGCCUUCCUGAUAUGUACUUUCCUAGUUGCCACAUCUUUGUGCGACUUGCCGUACCAGCCCGCAUCGCUGAGUGCCCCACAGACAUUAAGUGGUGGGGUGACUCCUCCAAAGCCUGAGCCUCACAACGCGUCCAGCCCCAGCAAUGAGAGCGGUGGAGCUGUGCCCGUAUGGCAGGCUCUGCUGGAGCUGCUCCCAGACCAGCUCAUAGGAAAUACAAAGCUGGUUUGGCAGCAUGGAAAGGACAACAGGUUGGCCGUGGUGUCCGUUGGCCUGCUGACUUGUCUCACUGCAAUCAUCUUCGCAGGACCUGUGAGGUUGAGGAGAAUUGAUGCUGUCGCUUCUGUCCUGUGGUUCCUCAUCCUGAGCCUCUACCUGGCUGAGGGCUACUUGACUGACGCCGCGGGCUGGAUGGACACGGCCAAGCUCGCUGCCGCCUCCCUCUGCUGCCUGGUCAGCUGCGCCGCGGCCCUGGCAACGCGCAAACCACUGGGCCCGAGAAGAGCGAGAUAUCGCAGGUCAGAAUCCGAGCAGUGAUGUUCAAAUUACGUUUGAGGUGUGGGAUUCUGUGCUCAUUAGAACCAGUGUUAAACGCAAUCUGUUAUGUAUACGUGUUCCAUAAUCAAACAAGAAACGAGCAGUUUAUAUUUACCGUCCACUUUUUUACUCAUAACCCCCUCUCACACGCACAUAUCUGCCGUGCGGCGGUGUGCGAUUGACUGUGAGGUGAUGAUGUGAAAGUCGAGCUUGAAGCAAAGGAUUGUGUGAGUGGCUUGAUGGGAACAAAACAGCAGAGCAUGUGGCUCAAUCACAUCAAAGCCUCACCUUCAAUGACACGUGCACAAGUCUACAGGUGUUUGCUGGUUGUAAAAUGUUGAAAGGUUGAUAUCGAUUAAGAUGUUAUUAAAACAAAUCCUAAAAGAAUAUUAGGGUGCAAACUGCAAACAAUUGUUAAUCCGUCUGGUUUGAUUUAAUGGUAUUCAUUAUUAUUUUGGGACCUUCAGGAAUAAAAAAGGCUUAAGAGUUAUUGAGAAACCAACACUAAUAGGAUUCUUGUAGUUACUGAUUCUCAAGAAUACUACAGAAUAUGUCUGGGGGGAGAUUUUAUCGCAUGUUCUAGGACUGAUUGCAGUUAUAGAGCCGUUUUUAUAAAGUAGUAUUAGUACCAGUAUUACACUAAAAUGUAUUUUAAAGCAUUUUGAAUAUACUCAUUUAUUUAUUAACACUGGUUUAUUUGUGGCUUGAAUAUAAAGAACUUUCUACAGCUAAUAGCAUGAAGUACUAAUUUGUGGAGACACUGCGGGCCAGGCUGAAGUUUUUAUUUCACAUCCCUCCCUGUUGAACAAACAUUUCCAAUAAGUGUUCCACUGCGAGCCGUUUGAAACCCCUUUUCAUUUGUAACUGAUCUCGUAUGGAAUCUAAACAUCGGUGAUGAAACGACGCAUCAGUUCUUAGAGCAGAACCCAAAGGUUUUUUCUAUUGCAUAGCGUUGUACGUUGUUUCCUAUCCCUUGAGGCUGCUACCUGGGGGGGAAAAGUCCAUUGUUUAAUAAUGUUUUCCCCCCAAAUUUGCCCUUUAGUCCAAAGGCCCUGCUGUGUCCUGCCCUUUUUCUUUUGUUAGUUCCGCCAAGAACUUAAGCAUGGACUUAACCGUCACCCAAUAAUACCCAUUAUACAUUUUUUGCUUUGUAUGCUUUAAUUUUGAUUAUGAGUUGUCACCCUCGGCCAGAAGCUGAGGCUUAAGAUCAGCGCUCACCUGUCGGCUUCCUGGCUCGUCUCCGGCUCUGCAACGGAGUUCGGCCAUCAGAUGGACAACAGUUUAGUCUAGAACUUCAGGCAUGAGGAUCCCAGAAAUGGGCAUUGAUAUAGUUUAUAGUAUAUAUACUAUAUAUAGUUUGACCUGUGAAGGAACUUGAUAAGAUUUGAGUAGCUUCAAGCAAGUCUCAACAGAAAUGUUGGAGAGUCAGCACUUUCCUGUUUGCUUGAAAUAUUAUAUUUCUUCAGCACUUUCAGUAAAACUGAACUUUCUUUCGCCGACAUCUUGACAUAGUUGUGGAUUAAAAUCACUGAUGGACGUGAGAGCGCUGACAUUUCACCUCUUUAUUUUUACUUUUUUGGAACUUAUUGAGUGAAGAGGGAUAUUUAUUUGACACUGAAUUAACUGUAGAAUGUGUUUAUGGAUUGUAUUUGGUAAUAUUGCUGUAACUAUCGCAUGUUUUUCUGUUCUGUGCUUGGAGUUACGUUUUCAAACUCUCACCUUUUUGGUGUAGUUGUUUAAAGGCUUUAAAAUGUUGUAACGAUACUUUGAAAACCAAAGUGCUGCCGAAUGUAAGACACUACGGAUCAUUUGCAGCAGCUGUGGUUUGACUCUUUGCCUAUGAAAAAUCAAUUGCAUAUACUGCAACGCCGUAUUUCGUAGGUGUCUUGAGUUUUAAAUUAGUUGGAUUAUUGAUUAAUCAUGCUGUAGAAGUAAUUAUUAGUAAUUAUUAGGCAAGUCAUUUUGUUCUUUGCCUUUCAUAACUGUGUUCUUUUUUUUUUUGAGGACAAUCUACCAGAUGAACUGUAUAAAUGUGUCUAACUAGCGUCACUACAUUGAAACAUCUCCAUUAAUAAUGUGAUGUAACUGUAGCAUUGUGCCAUUGUUUUACCAGUGAUGGCUCUUUUACAAAUGGAGUUUUGAAUGUUGUGUACUGUACUCUUUCACUAUGCACAUGUAGUUAACAAGAUGUAGUUGUGUGUGUUUUUGAAGGAACACUAAAAUUAACCGAGACGUAAACAAAUUAAAGGUUCUCAUUUCAAAUCAUGAUAUUUUACAAACAACCAUUUUCCCAACCUGAAUAAGCUCCUUAACUAGAUCUCAGUUUGAUCACUGCGUGUUUUCUAUAUUGUGUAUUCGCCGCAAACUACAUCCGUCCAUUCUGGAAGGUUUCCUGCAACAAACAAACUACACAUGAGAAGUACGGCAGUUUGGCUGCUUUUGUGCCUGAACUGUGUUUCUUCCCUUCUAUUAUUGUAAGGCUCCGAUGUGAAGACUGUAGGAAUGCUUGCUUUACAAGGAAUGUAAUAAAAAGCUGUUGAAAGGA